CAGCCAUUGGAACAGCAUAGCACAAGCGAUAAUUUUAGAAUGCCAAUCCGAGUACCUAUACAUCGUCUGCCGCCCACAUCCACGCGGCAAUAGCUGUCGCCAGCUGCGUGGCCAAGUACCGGUACACCGGGCCCCACCCGGCACACGGACCAGGCCAAGUCAUCCAGCUCAUCCCAUCCCCAAUUCCCAACCCAUUCCCAUCCCCAUCCGCAUAACUACACACUACAGCACUCCGGUUUUCCUGCCAGCAACAUCUCGCUCUCUUCCUCUUUCUCUGCAGUUAGCCAGUCUCUCUCUCUGGGUGUUGUUCUUGCAUCUCGAUUCUCUAUAUCAGUCUGUCUUCUCCAUCCUUUUUGCCCUGUUGUUGCGAGACAUCUUAACCGCGCGCUCUUUGGCAUCCAUCCCCCGCCGCCUCCCAAUUAUUGUUUCACCGCAACACCCAACUUGCGAGGGUUUCGGGCCUAGACGGGGCCUAUCAAUGACUGACGGAGUCGGGCUUCGAGGCUCUAGUCAGUCACAACCACCGCAUGACUUUUUCCCUUAAAGUUCUAAUCAGGUUUUCAUCCAGGGGCCAAAUAGCUCUUCUUCCCUCCAAACUCUAUACUCUCUCUAUGAUGUCCCAAUUGUAGAUGACGGCCUUAUUCUACGGAGCACCCGGCCUGUUUAAAAUAUCAACAGGGCUUGUGCUUCGCUUUCCGCCCCCAUGAUGGAUGAGACCCUUCCCGCUCCUACAGGACGGAGAGUGCUUCCCCAACCCAUCGAGGUCUCGUCCCGCUCCUCCAACCCGUUUGCAUCCAAUUACAAUCUUUCCAGGAUAUCAGCAACAAAUGAUCGAUAUCCUGAAGCUAAAGACCAAAAGACUAUCGUUCCUAACCGGCCGGAACAACCCUCGCCAAACGACCGCUCCGACCCCGCCGCUUCUCAACCUACAUCUCCCCGGCAUCUUCCGCAUUCACAGGGACCUGCGGAACAGGAGACGAGAUCAACUUUGCCGCAACCGAUUGAAACUUCUACGAGCAGCUCAAGGAAUAAGAAACAACGCCUACAGAGCGUCAAAAGUUCGGAAGAUGGUUCUCCCAAAAGGAAAUUUGUUCCUGAGCCUAUCGAGACCACUUCACGGUCCUCCAGGGGCCCUAAGCCCACCUCUGGGUCGGCGGGUCGAAUAGCCCCACAGUUGGUUGAGACUACACUGGACCACCGCCGCCAUAAAUUACAAGGAACCGACCCAGUUAAUCCUCCCGAUAAUGCCGCUGGAAAUGGAGAAUCGAAAUCUGCUUCUGGGCAUCACAUGCCUCGCCAUCAAAAUCUCCCAAUACGAUCGGGACAGUCAUCAUCGGGUUCAGACCCGUCCGGAAAAUUCACCCCGCAGCUAAUUGAAACUGCAACACGCUCAGUGCGUCAGAAAUGUCUUGUACGCGGCACGGCGGAAUACCCAGAGCAUAGGCUAUCGUCUCCAUCCGCAGCUUCGCAGCAGAAGCUGUCCGCCCCAGAAAGUACGGAAUCCCGAUAUUCCUAUGCUAAUAUCCUCCGUCGGCAAGAGGAAAAAGGGCGGACAUUCCAAAUCCCAGCUCUUCCAGCAAUACCAUCAAUUAGCAGCGAGGAAUCUGAGAAAUCCCCAGCUCCGUCGCCUCCUACUUCUCCUUCUACUCUGUCCAAUAUUAGCAGCAACAGACGAUACGCGGAAGAACGCCUGUUGCGCGAGAGCAGUGAUGAGAGGUACUCCAACUAUUUACUGUCUUUGGCUUCACGUUCGGCACAAAAGCUGCUCAGGGAUCAAGCCCUUGCGGCCUUCCCUAACGAACAAGUCCAUCAGACUGUUUCUCACUUUGCCAUCGGUCGAGAAGAAGAGGACACAACGGACGACGACGGCGACAGUAUGGGUAUAUCACUUCGCGACAUGCAAUUGGACUUUUUGAAAUUCCGGCGUGAAUCAACCAUUGACCUCAGCUGGGAACUGGAUGAGAUGAGAAGGCACAAGGAGGAGUCUGAAAUGAGAGCCCGGCAAAAGAAGUUUGAAGCUGGCCAGUCACGGUUCUCAGCUGCUGCAAUAGCGUCUAGGCAGGCGGCAGAAAACGAAGUCUUAAAAGCAGCCCGUCAGGCAGGCGUAGACGGGUGGCAGAAGGCGACAGGGUUUAACCAGCUGAACGAAUACACCAGCCCACCAAUGCUUGGAGAAGAUAUUGUCUUUCCCAAAAGCUUAUCACCCCAAGCUACCCGGUGCGAUGUCGACCGCCCCCCUGCCCCGCACCAUGCCGAUAACUGCGCAGAUCCCGUGAGAUGCGAAGGACUAUGGAGUCCAAACGCCCAUACUCGUGACUGCGACGAUGGCGGCCUGUGGAUGGGUCUGUGUCGCCGAUCCAAAGAGCCAGAGCAGUCAUCCUCGCCUAUACCCAGGCCGGGAAUAAUCACACCCGCUGUCUCCAAUAAUGAAAAAUUCUCGUUCCAAAGCCUAAACGGCGUCACCACGUCCACCACAGCCUCCACAGCGACAAUGACAUUAUCCACCCUCCCAUUCAGCCCAGAUACCCCCUCCCAACUCCCCACAACCCCACCCCCCUCCAACCCAGACCUCGACAACAUCGACGAACUCCUCCUCCAAGAACAAGACAUCAAGCGCGAAUUCACCGACACCUUCGUAACACAAAUAUACAACUACCUCUCCCUCGGCUACCCCUGUCUAGCGCGUGACUACGACGAGGAACUCAGUAAGAUCUCGCGCAUCCCCGUCGAGGAGCUACGGAAGGACGACAAGCGCGCUAACGCGAAGGGAUACGUGGGUGCCCCCGAGGGCGUUGGCAUGGGUGAGAAUGCGAUAUCGUCGGGGGCGUGUAUGCGCUGGACAGCGCUGAGGUUGUAUAUCUAUGAGUGGGCGAGGCAGCAGCCGAGGAUGGCGAAGGCGGAUCGGUAUCAGCAGCCGAACGACGGGUCUGGGAUGGAUGCGUGGGGGGCGAGGGCGCGUAGGGGCAGUUGGGCUAUUUGAGCGCGCUACCUGUUGUUGUUAUUGUGAGUAUUAUUGUUAUUAUCCUUUUUUUCUGUUUAUCCAUCAUAACAAUGAUUUAAUGAUGGCAGCGAUGCGGGAGGAUGGGGACCCUAGACUCCUUUUUUGCUUCUUUUGUCUUCCUUUUGUCUUCCUUCCUUCCUUUUUUUUUUUUUUUUCGGGGUCUUUUUCCAGAUAUUCUUCUUGUUAACAGCGGCUACCUUCAUCUUCUUCCUAGAAUUCUUGGGAUUUUUUCCUCUUGCGUUUCCUUGUUCGUUGUUCUCAAAACAGGAAAUGGGGUUUGAGUAUGCUAUGGGAUACGCUGGCUAGGGCAUAUAUACGUACAUAACUAGCUCUGUUCCAUCGCUUUUUUUCUCAUUUCAAAUCUAUUCUUCAUGCCAGGAUUGGUUCCGCUGCUGUUCUCUCCUUCCGCUCCAUUGUCUGUCUGCCUUGUUUUCCAAAUCGUUCGUGGGAAGAAAUGCAUAUGUCAUUCCCCUGGAUAAGCACUCUUUUAGUGAUUUUUAAUAUUUAUUUUUCCUGUUCUUCCGUUGCUUCCUCUUUGAAAGAAUACAAUGUCUAUGUAAUUGCCAGUUUUUUUUCUCUUUUUUCUUUAUUUUUUUCUUGUGGGCGGCUAGAUAGAUGCUUCUUUCAUGGGAUGAGUUCUUUUUUCCCAUUGCAUGUGUUCCAUUUUCCUUCCGCACUUGCGCAAUUAUACAGAGUUAGUCAGCUAAAGCUGAGCGAGUGAGUUGGGGGUAUUUAUAUAUUUGUUUGUUUCCUUUCCUUCAAUCUAUCCGCACUAUUGAAUUACCAUCUACUUUUCUUGUACAUAUAUAUGCGGCCUGCAUCGAGAAUCAUUCAUAUUUCUCUGUUCAUGGUAGAGUUUCUCCUCUGACAUGCACUCCCAGAGCCUGUUGCUUUGGAAAGGGAAGGGGAAGAAAAAAAAAAAUUCCAUAUAUGUCAUUCAAAGGUCCCGAGGACUUUACAAAGUCAACAACACUGGUCUAAAGUUUUGCACGUUAGCUUCCAUCAAAUCAGCCAGCUUCCACCCCUUGUAUCCAUCCCCCUUCCCUGACUCCUCUCUGGAAGAUUGUUGAAAAUCGAACAAGAUUAGAACAAGAGCGCUCCG